CCACCACUUCGUUUCUUACUGCCCCUCUCCUCUCCCCACCCCGAGCUCCAAUCUGAAAUUUUCUCUCUCCUUUCAUUGAAGAACUGCAUGCCAUGAAGGGGAAUAGAGAAAAGGGUCUCAAAUGAGAAUGGAGGGAGUGAACGCUGAAGAGGUGCUGGUGCCACAAGUAUCUGUUGCUCCUGAUACCGUUGAGUUAGUGCCAAGCUUGACUGAUUCAGAGCCACUUACUGCCCUUGAUUUUCCUAAAAGUCCCCGAGCUAUUCAUACUAGACAUUUAAGUGAAGAUCUAAUUUCCCUUACAGUUAAUGAUUUGAGUGUGAACAAUGGAGAGCAGAAUAGCGAUGACCAAAUUGAAGGGAAGGGAAGAAACUGCCAUUGUCACACUAGACAUUUUAGUGAGGAUUUAAGUUCCUUUGCAAUUAAUGAUUUAUAUGCAAACAAUGGAGAGGAGGAUCGCCAUAACCUGCUUGAAGGGAAGGGAAUAAGUCACAAUAACUCAGCGGAAAGAAACAUUUAUAAGGCGGCGGAGAUUGCUGAGCGCUUCAUUCAGUCUAAAGAUAAUAGAGUCCAUGUUGACACUGGGGCACCAAUAGAAUCUGUUAAAGAUGCUAUAAGCAAAUUUGGAGGCAUUCUUGACUGGAAAGAGGCAUUCUUGCAUUUGCGCACGGCCCACCAGCGCAGGACGUGGCCCAACUCUCUCGAGAGCCCCCGAGCUAUUGGAUCUGAUUGGAAAGUUAUCUGGCGGUUUUGGUCAGAACAAAAAUACGAGUGCCCAGAAAACCUUAACCCUAACUUCAUUUUCUCUGUCUCUAUCCGAGAGCUCCACGGCCGCAAGCGUGAGAGAGAGAUGAAGCGGCCGCCAUAA